AUGAUCUCUUUACAACACUGGGAAAGUUUUGAUUACCAAAACAAUACUAGAUUUCUUAGAAGAUGCAAAGAGUGCAAGUAUAUAGCAAUUACAAUUACAAAAGAGUGUAUUAUAAAGAAAAAUUUUAAAAACAUUAGAAGAGCACUAA